CCUUUGGGCUCUGAUGAAUCCACCUGGGCCGCUGUGUCCAAAAAACACCGACCUGUUCACCCAAAGCGGGCCGUGCGCAGCUUGGCUGCAUCCGUGCGCACUUUCAAGGAGACUGAAGGCCCUAGUGGCUUUCAGUACCUGUAUAUCCCCCGUUCCCGCCGAUUGACCCGUCAAGAAGCCCGUUCUCGUCUCCGUCGCCUUGGGAUUGACCCAUAUAGAAUCCUCGACAUCACUUUUCCUGCCCGCUCUGUUGUUGGACUUCUUGUCCACAACCAGUAUCGUCCCACUGUCCUUGCCUCCCUGGAAAAGCAUAUGAUCAAACAUUUUGCUGACUUUGACCCCCUUGAUCCUGUACACCUCGCGGAUCCAGAAAUCAAGAGUCUACCUCUUGAGGAACAAGAAACGUUCGCUGAAACCCUCCACUUCAGCCGAUGUGAAAAGGCUGUGACCCGUCUCCCCUACCAUCUUGCCUCCCCUGUUGCUCGUUCCUUCCUUGAAGCUGGUGUCUUUACUGAGGAGAAUGUUUCCCAACUUCUGCGCUCC